ACGCACACCAUGAGUCUCUUCGGGAAGAUGGCUGCAGUAUACAUGAUGCGAAACUGAAUGGACCGAGAACAGCCCAAAACUGCUAAAUAUCCCCCUUCUUUCCUCCUCCGUCUCCCUCUCAACAUCCACACAGAUGCGUUUGCGUUCAAACGAAGCCGAUUUUAAUCUAGCGUGAAGAACUAAGAUGAUAAUAUGACCCAGAAGAAGAAGAAGCGAGUGAAUCGCAGUUUGUUACUGGCGAAGAAAAUCAUCAUCAAGGAUGGAGGAACGCCUCAAGGCUAUGGUUCUCCAAGCGUUUAUCACGCCGUCAUCGUCAUAUUUCUGGAGUUCUUCGCUUGGGGUUUGCUGACAGCACCAACUUUAGGAGCUCUUCAUGAAACCUUCCCCAAACACACGUUUCUCAUGAACGGCUUGAUCCAGGGGGUCAAGGGUCUGCUGUCGUUUUUAAGCGCUCCUCUGAUUGGUGCUCUGUCAGACGUUUGGGGAAGGAAGUCCUUUCUUUUACUCACCGUCUUCUUCACGUGUGCUCCAAUUCCUUUAUUGAAGAUCAGCCCAUGGUGGUACUUUGCCAUCAUCUCUGUAUCUGGAGUGUUCGCCGUUACCUUCUCGGUUAUAUUUGCCUAUGUGGCCGACAUCACCCAAGAGCAUGAGCGCAGUAUGGCUUACGGCAUGGUCUCGGCCACGUUUGCGGCGAGUCUGGUGACGAGCCCAGCCAUCGGCGCGUAUCUGAGUCAGGUCUACGGAGACAGUCUGGUAGUGGUUCUGGCUUCUGCCAUUGCUAUGCUGGACAUCUGCUUUAUCCUGGUGGCCGUGCCCGAAUCACUGCCGGAAAAAAUGAGACCGGCCUCCUGGGGCGCUCCAAUCUCAUGGGAACAAGCAGACCCCUUUGCUUCUUUGAGGAAGGUGGGCCAGGACUCGACGGUUCUGCUCAUCUGUAUAACAGUGUUUCUGUCAAAUCUGCCUGAGGCUGGCCAAUACUCCAGCUUCUUCCUCUAUCUGCAACAGAUAAUGGGAUUUUCACCUGAAAGUGUUGCAGCUUUCAUUGCUGUUCUAGGAUUGAUGUCUAUUGUUGCACAGACAGUUGUAUUAAGUUUACUAAUGCGUUCCAUCGGGAACAAGAACACAAUUUUGCUGGGAUUGGGAUUUCAGAUUCUGCAGCUCGCCUGGUAUGGGUUCGGAUCGGAGCCAUGGAUGAUGUGGGCAGCUGGAGCCCUUGCCGCCAUGUCUAGUAUCACUUUCCCUGCUGUUAGCGCCCUGAUUUCCCGCACAGCCGAUCCGGAUCAACAAGGCGUGGGUCAAGGUAUGGUUACGGGAAUCCGCGGGUUGUGUAACGGUUUGGGUCCGGCUCUCUAUGGCUUCAUCUUCUACAUCUUUCAUGUCGAGUUGGACCAAGUUCCAGAGAAAGAACCGGAUAUACAGCAUCACCACGAUCACCACCAACAGAGUGCAAUAAUCCCGGGACCGCCGUUCCUCUUUGGUGCGUGUUCUGUGCUGCUGGCGCUCCUGGUGGCGCUUUUCAUUCCCGAACACCCCCAUAUGGGCACUCGUGCGGGCAGCUGGAAGAAGCACACAUCCCCCCACGGCCACCCGCACAGUCCCCACCCUCCUGGUGAGGCCAAAGAGCCCCUUCUACAGGACACUAACGUGUGAUUGGGAGUUUCAAUGUGGCUAUUUUGGCCACGCCCCUUAUUAAGCAUUGGGAAAGAAACUGCGCAUGGAGGCUAUUGUCAUUUAUUGAAAUGUAAAGCUAUAUCGGAGGCAUGGUCAGUCUUGCCCCUAGAGCUCUACCUUCCUGCAGAAUAUCAUUUAAAUAAACCUAAACUUGUUCAUUAAGGUUUAUGGAAAUUACAGACAGGAAGGAAAGUCUCUAAGAUUAAGACUGGGCGUCCCUGCUGAAUCACCAAUAGAGCACCACUUUUUAAAAGAAAUGUGUAUAUAGAAGAACGUUAUAUUAUACAAUGGUUCUUUCCAAAGGCACUAUUGUAAUGUCUUUUAUUUAUUCUUCUUAUUACUUGUUCUUCGCCUUUUUUUCUGUCUUUUUACAUUGCUCUAUUUGACUGUCUAGUUCUUCAUUACCAUAGUUCACUCAGGGACAUUAACCUGGUCAGGAAUGUUUCCGAACACAGUGUGUUCCUCUUAUCAGAAGGGCCUUGCGACAGUGUACAAAUAACAGGCUUCAUUCAUGAAACGCAAGCAGGACAAAUGAUGUUAACUAUUCGCAAGAAUUUGCAUUGAACAAACUUAAGUAACUCAUUCGUAAAAAUAUUUGAGUUGAAGAAUGGUAGAAAUUUUUCCGCGGAUUCGCAGAGAACAAAUUCAUGCAAGUCAUUGGUUAUGCCAUUUGUAAGAAUUUCAGUUAAACAAAUGUGUGAAUUUGGUCGUAAAGUUACUUGUAAGGUUUUGAGUUGAACAUAUUUGAGUAACUCAUUCGGAAAACCAUUCGUUAGAAUUUGAGAUGUGACAAAAUUGUGUAAUUUGUUUCCUACAACUAUUUGCAACUAUUUUUGUUCAACACAAAUUUUCGCAAAUCAUUCAUAAAACCAUUCUUAAAUAUUUCGGACGAAUUGCAUUUGUGUGAAUCGUUCGGAAAAUUACUUCGUAAAACCAUAUGUAAGAAUCUGCGCUUAACGAAUUUUUGCAAAUUGUUCGUAAAACCGUUCGUACGAAUUCGAGUUGAACAAAUUUAUGUAAAUUUUUGUUCAUAUAAGAAUUUACGCAGAGCGAUAAAAGUCGUAGAAGUCGUUCGUAAAACUUUUAGUGAGAAUCAUAAAAUGUCAGUCGUUUUUGAGGCCCAGUGACCUUACCGAAUGGUUUGCUAUAAAUGUGCUGCGUUCAUGAGAUCACGAGUUUGUUAUGCUACAUGACAGAUAAUUUUUUAAGGAUUUCUAAUGCUUUGACGUGAAUGGCCUUAACUGACAGUUGGGUUUCAGACUUCGUCGCAGUGGAAUGAUUGUGGUAUAGCUUCAAAGUUCCUUUUCGUUUUCUGUUAAUGUUUAAGCUGAAGCCUGUUUUCUUUUUAUCACUUAGAAUCAAUGGUGCCUUUUCCCAGCUUUAAUUGUGUUGUUGACGGAAACUGGCGGAUUUAAGUGACGCUUGAGACUCUACACAACUGAAAAGUCUUGCGUAAAAUAACAGUAAAUUGUGAAACUGAAACGUGAUGAGUCUUCCGUCUGGAUUCGCUUUCAGCCUUGUGUAGAAACAUUCUUUUAUUAAAAUUAUGUAAGUUUACGCAAAGCAUUUCGCAAAUGCCAACGGACAUUUGAGAAACAGGUGAAAUUUGCCAGUGGCCUUUCUAUAUAUAUAUAUUUGUUUUCUUAAAGACAGAUGAAUGGCUCAUUUUAAGGUUUGGCAUUUGACCAAAUGUAUUGAUAUAUUAUUGACACAAGAUAGGCAAGUUGAUUUGAAAUAUUAGUUGUGUGCUUUGGAUAUUUAUGAAAUGAUUUCCUGUAAAAUAUUUCCUUCAUCUCGGAAUACAGUGUGCUUUUUUUCUUUUUACAUUCUGUGGUUUUGUUGUGCCGUUUUCAUUAUAAAUUUUAAACAUGGUGUAUUGUUUUUGACCGAGCAAUGUAAAUAUGUUUAAACGUAUUAAAGUAUCUAAACAUGCAUUUCAAUAAAAGUUAAAUAUUUUGA